UUUAAGGCAUUUUGUUAAAUAGAUAAGUUCAUGGGUUAAAGAAAUAAUAUUAAAAAAUGUUUUAAUGCUGCUAAAAGUGAUUAGAAGUUGAAUAGAUGUAUAAUUCAUAGUUUAUUUACGUUUUUAUAGAAAAAUAUUAUCGGUAAAAUCUACUUCCGGUUUGUGGUGACGCACUUCCGGUUCCGGGUUUCGCUAGGAAACAGAGAGGUCCAUGUGCUGCAAACGGUAUGGAAAUGUGAAAUCUGAUGCCAUCCACGCUGAAUUAUCAGACAGGAAUGCCGUAAGUUGCAUUAUGUUGUUGUUUAUGCUGAAAUGUCACUUUAUUCAGUUUGAUGGACUUUUAAUUUGUAUGCAACGACUCUAUGUAUAGAGAUUGAGUUUAUUUUCUGUUAUUACAGUUUUCACCGCAUUUCGAUGAAGGCAAUAAACACGCUUGAAUCGCACCUGGGUCUUCAUUAGCGGUUUAACUCGGUGUCACCAACAUCUUCGAGGUUGAAAACACUACAGUGAAAAGGCACCAUUCGAUUAUUCAUCGCGGUCAAAAUGGCUACCAGCAACAAGUCUGCACGCAGCUUCAGGACCGGCCACUCGUCUGGAUCAGCAGCAAGCGCUGCCCACGCUCGAGCUAAAGCAGAAGCUGCUAAGGUUAGAGCUCUCUAUGCAAGUAAAGAAGCACAAUUGAAAGUGGAAAAAGCACGAAGUGAUCUGGAAAAGGCUAAAAUAGAUGCAGAAUUGGAAAUGUUAACGUUGCAAAGAGAAGCCGAUGCUGCAGUAGCUGAGGCACAAGUGCUAGAAGAAGCUGAGGCAAUACAAGAGGAGCCAGAGAGCAGGAAAUCAUCUGAAAAAGUCAAAUUAGAACGUACAAGCGAAUAUGUGCGAUCUCAAAGGGACAUUGAACAAUCACAGUCUGCUCCAGAAAUACCGACCACCUCGCGCCCACAAGUAAGCUCACCCAACACCUUUGUAACAUGGCAUCCCCCAGAAGAAGGCAAUUUAGAGCCGCCACCCAUUAGUUCUGAACCCAAGCUUACUAAGGACAAUGUUGCUGCCUUGACUAAUCACAGCAUGCCCAGCCAGUUUAGAAGUGAAACCAAAUUCAAAUUAGAGAAACCAAAUACCUCUCUCAACCCAUUCAGCUCCCCAUUCACGCCUCACUAUAACGCACCGGCCAGUAUCUCACAUCCAGCUGAGCCAUUUGCCCAGUAUAUGGCACGCCGAGAUCUCAUCACUUCAGGCCUUUACCAAUUUGACGAUAGGCCAGAGAAUUUCAGAGCAUGGUGCUCUUCAUUUACUAGUGCCACAGCUGAGGUUCAAAUCAGUCCCAUUCAAGAGCUGGAUCUCAUGACAAAAUGGUUGGGAAAGGAGUCAAGUGACCAGGUAAAACGCAUACGCUCAGUAUACGUCAACAACCCCACAUUAGCCUUGAGCAAAGCAUGGGAGAGACUAAACGAAUGUUAUGCAGCACCCGGAAUAAUCGAAAAGUCACUUUUCCAGCGAUUGGACAGUUUUCCCAAAAUUACAGUCAAAGAUCAUGUCAAACUCCGUGAGCUAGGGGAUCUCUUGCAAGAGAUUCAAGGCGCCAAGGAAGACGGAUAUCUCCCUGGCCUACUGUAUCUGGACACUUCUCGCGGAAUCGGACCAGUCGUAGACAAACUUCCAUUCGGACUUCAGGAGAAGUGGAUGUCACACGGCUCUCAGUACAAGGAGGAAAAUAAUGGCUGUUUCCCACCUUUUGACUAUUUCUGUAAAUUCAUAAGCAAAGAGGCAAAGAAACGCAACGAUCCUAGUUUCAACCAACAAAACAGCCAAACACAUUAUAAACCAGAAAAACCUUACUUAAAGAACUUUAAUACAAGUAACACAAGUAGACCAAUAACUGUGCACAAAACCGAUGUUUCACCCCCCAACAAGGACAUCAACAGGAACUGCCCGCUGCAUAACAAGCCACAUCCGCUCAAAAAAUGCAGAACGUUUAGGAACAAACUGCUGGACGAGAGAAAGGCCUUCCUCAAAGAGAAAGGAAUAUGCUUCAAAUGCUGCUCUUCAGACACUCAUCUUGCUAAGGACUGCUAACGAGGCUCCUCCACCUGCACAAGAGAAUGGCGGGGAGGGAGAAAACAGUCCCGACACAGUCAACGUCACAACAAGCUGCACAGACGUGUGUGGUCCAGGUCAGUGGGG